GAUAAUGUAUCAUAAGGCCGCGAGAUCUCGUCGAGAAUGCAGUUACUGUGCUACUUCGUCAUCCUUUUCGUUGGAAUCGCACCGUGGUCAUCCUUGGCCAACGAUGAUGGAUGCAACGAAGUGGUCUGCGGAUCGGUGGUAUCCAAGUGCCUCAUCACCCAGAGCUGCCAGUGCAAGUUAAAUGACUGCCACUGCUGCAAGGACUGUCUAAAUUGCCUUGGCGAACUGUACAUCGAGUGCUGUGGCUGCCUCGACAUGUGUCCCAAGCACAAGGAUGUCCUGCCCUCGCUGACGCCGCGCUCGGAGAUUGGAGACAUUGAAGGAGUGCCCGAGCUGUUCGACACCCUAACCGCCGAGGAUGACGAGGGAUGGUCCACCAUAAGGUUCUCCAUGCGAGCCGGCUUCAAGCAGCGCGUUCAGGGCGGCGCGAGUGGUGAUGCCGGAAACGGAAAUGGAAAUGGAAAUGCCGGGUCUGCAGGUGUCACCCUAUGCACCGUGAUCUAUGUGAACUCGUGCAUUCGGGCAAACAAGUGCCGGCAGCAGUGCGAGAGCAUGGGAGCCAGUAGCUAUCGAUGGUUCCACGACGGAUGCUGCGAGUGCGUCGGCGAGAAUUGCCUCAAUUAUGGAAUCAACGAGAGUCGCUGCCGCGGUUGUCCGGAGGAUCAGGACCAACUGCUUACCGCCGAUACCGUUCCGGCGGAGGCUGAACAGGAUCUGGAGCGAUUCUUUGGCAACGAGGAGAUCGAGGACGAGUGGGGCUAUGGCGAGGAGGAUGAAUUUUCCUAAUAGCACAGAUAAUUUCAAAUAAAUGUGGUUCUUCAAAUUGGAGCUUGGACCUCAUCAUAGCAAACGAUCUCUUUGUAAAUACCCAUGUAAAAUACCCAUGU